AUGGACGGCGAAGACCCCAAGGAGAGACCCUCCGAGAUCUCGACCAUUAUCUCUGGUCUGGAGCGAUACAACCCCGAGGCUGUUCCCUUCCUCGAGAACUACCUGAAGGAGCAGUGCGAGAACAAGUUCAUCGACGGCAAUGCCAACCGGACUCUGUUGAAGCUGUACCAGCUCAACCCCGACCGCAUCAAGGACGAUGUCGUCACCAACAUCCUGGCCAAGUCCUUGACCAACUUCCCGUCUCCCCAGUUCUCGCUUGCCCUGCACAUCAUUCCUCCCUCGAUACUUGCGCCCAACUCGCGUGCCGAUCUGUCCGAGGCUAUUGGCCACCUCCGUGAGCUCAACAACCAGCUCGAGGGAGCCCAGUACGCCCGCUUCUGGGACACCAUUGACAGCGACGAUCUCUAUGCCGACCUGAUUGCCGAUGUUACGGGCUUUGAGGAGCUCAUCCGUAUCAGAAUCGCAACUCUGGUCAGCCAUGCCUACCGGGAGAUUGACCUGAACGUCCUUUCCAGCUGGUUGGGACUGAACGACGCCAAGGCCAAGACCUUCAUCACCGAGACCGCCGGCUGGAAGGUCGAGGGCGAGCUGGUCAAGAUUCCCCGUAACGCCGAGAACGAGGCCAAGAAGACCGAGGUGCGCGAGGAUGUCAACGUCGACAUGUUCUCUAGGGUCGUUCGCAGAGCCUGGGAGGAGACAGCUUAA